CACAGGCUGCCGGCCACCGAGUCGCCCGUCUCGCCGCCAGAGGCGCUGCGAUCAAUCAGAAAAAAUCGUCUAAAUGCAAACUUUGACGGAGGAGGGCAGCACCUUCCGGCACGUUGCUCUGUGCUCGAUCAAAAACAAAACAAACUUUUUGAUUGAAAUUGAAAUUUCGAAAUCUCGAUUAAUUUUGACAUAAAAAGUGAAGAUUUGCCAUAAAAAUGAAAUGAAUUGCCAUUAUCGAGUGGGGCUACGUCUCUGUGUUCCAUAGGACGUUCAAUUGACAAUUUACAUUCAAAGUUGAUCCGUAAGAAUGAACAGUGAUCAGGAUGCUUCAGUCAAUAAUAAAAGAGCAGUAUCUGAAACUGAGCUGGACAGUUGUCAAUCCACAAGAAAAAAGAAGAAAGCUUGUGACGUCCCUGUCGAUGGAAAUUUUCCUUCCGGCUCUAGCACGAUUGAAGACAAUGACUGUGAAUCAAGUUCAUCCCCAACAGUUUCUUUGCCCGAAAGCGGCAAAAGCAAGCCUUUGAGUGAAACUCAAACAGAUCUCCUUGAAGACCCAGCACAGUCAAAUGACCGCUUUGCAACAAUUAGGUUCAAAUUCAGAGAGGUCAGCAGAAUUGAAGUUUUGGAGGGUUCGUGGAUGCUAACUUCGGCAGCCAACAGAGCAGACAAACUCUUUAAAUGCCAGAUUUGUCUCAAGAUUUUGUCAACAGAAAAGGACCUACAAAGUCAUAUUAUCAACAUCCACAACCUUGGAGCCUACAUGAAAUCUUACUUUCAGUGUGAAAUUUGCAAAGCAACGACCACCUUCCUCUUGGACAUGUACAAUCACUGCAUGGGCUAUCACAACCUGCGCAAGUUCGUGCCAGUGAUGAUGGAUAAAGUGGUUCAAUACUCCUGCUGGCAGUGCAAGUGCUGCUUCGCAACAAGGGAAUUGCUCAUCUGCCACAAGAUCACCCACCACUUCCUCAAAUACAAGUGCAACUUCUGCAACACGUCAAAACUUGCGCCCAAGGACAUUCUGGCCCAUGCCCGUCAGCAUUUCUCUGAUGCUUUUUACCUGCUGCUCUCGGAAACCUGCAAUUACGCAUCGACUGAUUUAUCAAAGAUUGAAUAUCACGAGCUAACCCACCAAAAAGGUUCCAUGACAAGAAUGUUCUCUUGUCACAGUUGCAACUAUUAUGCCUCGACCAAGGAUAUGUUGCAAACUCACUUGCAGAACCAAUCUCACGAACUCAACUGCGUUGAAUUCAAGUGUCAGGAGUGCAGCCUUACCACUGCCGACAGCAAUGUUUACAUUGACCACAUGAAGAUUGAAGAAAUCAUCAAGAAAACACCAUUCAAUUGCAUUGUUUGCUGCAAGCGUUUUAUGAAACAUAUCACCCUUUGUGAGCACAUUUCAAAUGACCAUCAAAAUAAGCUUCGGGAAGACAAGUCUUACAGGGGUAGAAAACCUCCUCAGCCAAUGAAAACGACUGAGCAGAACCUACAUGAAGAAUUUAAUCGUCCUAUUUUUGGAAAUAAUCACUUUGUGAGGAUCCAAAUUCAUGCUCCCAGCACCAAUUCUACAACCGAGUCCGAAUUGGAGGACCGCGACCCACUGGGUGAUAUCAGCUCUGAAGUGCAGCCUGCUUUACCCCAUAAGACUGCUGAUUGUGCAACUUCCCAAGCACAAGUUCCAAAUCCGACUGCAGCUCAAAUUUCACCAGCUUCAAAACUGUACAAAUCGUUCCUGAAGCUGAGCAAAAAGGAAGCUAAGAUUCUAAUGAUUUUAGACCAAACUACCAAAACAUGUAAAAUCUGCCAAACCGAUAUCUCCGUAGAAGAUGUGCCUGUGCAUUUUGAUCUUCAUUGCACACCGUGUUGUGAUGCUUGCACAAUUGGAAAAGCUUGUCUGAAGCACAAGAAGCCUCAUUUCAGACAUCCGGAAAAUUAUUACGACAAGCUGACCCAGCACAAGUUUGUGAAAAACAUAGACGAACAAACUCUAUUUUGCACAAAAUGCAAAGUGACAAAACAUGCUCAUGUCUUCAAACUGAUGGAGCUAUUUUACUGCUGUCCAGAGUGUCAAAGCUUCUUCAGUGGCAAAGAGGAGGCCAUAACUCACCUGGCGGAACACUUGGCCAACAAAGUGUGCCGAGUGUGCCUCGAUUUCUCGUCCGCAUCAGACAGAAUAAUGAGCAUACAUUUAAGGUCGCACAUGAGUCUGUCUGUGUACAUCUGUCAAAGCUGCAAAUUCCAUGCCAAUAACGAAGCUGAACUCAUCAGGCACUCCCGAGCAUGCAAACAGAGAGCCAUUACCAUGGUGGAAACCUUGACAAAUGAAGACAGUCCUUCAUUUGGAGGAAUCGACGAGAAAUUCUCUUCUAUGUUCUUGCAAGUGGAAAAGUGUUUUAAAUGUGGUGAGGAAUUCGCUGACAAGACGAGGCAUGAAUCUCACAUGGCAUUGAAGCAUCCCAUGAUUCAGUGUCCCCUGUGCUUUGCCCUGGUUGACUCUUUCGAGACUCACUUCUCAACGGACCAUCUCUGGGUUGUCGACAAGCUUACCGAGAGUUACAUUUGGAACAUAGAUGACGUCGCUAGUUUGACCAAACAAUUGGAAAUAGACUUGCAAAUGGCAAGAACCAUGCUGAGGUAUUCGAUGAUGACUGAUGAAAAAUACAAGGAGUUGUUAGUCAGUGAUUGUGGCAAGUGCCGGGUUUGCUCACUGCGUUUGAAAUGUGCCUUGGACAUCGAAGCUCAUUUCCGAAUUCAUUUCACUCCCUGUUGCUCCACCUGUCAAUUACUGAAGGGCAAGAAGUGUUCUCUACACAUGAAACCACUUUUUCUGCACCCCGACCAGUACAUGGUUGUCUUCAGUCUCCACCACCUGCAAACUUGUUCAGAAGACGGAGAGAAGAGGUUUUUCAAAUGCAAGAACUGCCACAUUUCCUUCAAAAAUCACAGAGAGAAGAGAAUAAUUGCCUCUUGCAGUAAAGACAGGUACCGCUGUGACGAGUGUGACUAUGACCGAUUGCUCAUCGAAGACCUAGAUGAACACAUUCUAGAGCACAUGUCUAAAAUGGAAUGCUACGCCUGCAAUUUCACUUCCAAUUCUAAAGAGGUCAUGAAUAAUCACAUUGGCAAUCAGCAUCCAGUUACCUACAAGUGCCCAAACUGUUUUCUCUUCAUCGGCAAUGAGUCUUUGUACAUCAAGCACAGAAAAGAGUGCAUAAUGAGUUUCCAAAACACAAAGAAGGUCGUUCCACACAUUUUCAAUAUUAAUAAGUACGGGUGUUGCAUUCCGUGCAAAGUGAUCUACGAUAGUGACUUGAUGAAACGUUGCCACCUUAUCAGGCACCCAUUAUUCUUUUGUCCUCUGUGCAAAAACCAUAAAAACUUGGACUUCAAAGCUCACCUAGUGAAAAAACACAGCUCGUUAAUCACACGUGACAAGGCAGAAACAAUUCAAAUGAAAACCCCCACAAAGCAAAAUGAAGCUGUUUCAACUUUAAUCAAUAGAGUUGCAGAUAUUAUCUCUUCAGCUAAGACUAACAGGAGUCUUUGUUUUGAAAAUAGUAGUCGCAAAGUUUCUCUUUUGCUACCUCUUCAUGCAAGAAUUCAACCCUGAAAUAAAUUUACUAUUGCCAUGAUUGCAAA